AUGGUCCAUCUAGCAACUGUCAGAAAUGACGAGAAAGUUCCCAAAUUCGAGCCUAGGAAAAUCCAUGCCAUCGACACUCUCGACCUCAGUGCUCCCGGAGCCGAUGACUUCUCCACCAGUGUCUACGGAUCGCGGUUUGCGACUGAGUCGCUUCCCUCUCUCGAGAUGCCGGACAAGGAGAUGCCUCCUGAUAUCGCCUAUCGCAUGAUCAAGGACGAUUUGAGCUUGGAUGGGAACCCGAUGCUCAAUCUUGCUUCGUUUGUUACUACUUAUAUGGAAGACGAAGCCGAAAAACUCAUGGCCGAAGCCUUUAGCAAAAACUUCAUCGACUACGAAGAAUACCCCCAAUCCGUCGACAUCCAGAACCGAUGUGUCAACAUGAUUGCCCGUCUCUUCAACGCACCCACAAACCCCGAGAGUCCGAACGCCAUGGGAACUUCAACCGUCGGUUCCUCCGAGGCCAUCAUGCUUGCUCUUCUCGCCAUGAAGAGGCGCUGGCAAAACAAGCGCAAGGCUGAAGGUAAAGACUGGCAUAAUCCCAAUAUCGUCAUGAAUAGUGCUGUUCAGGUCUGCUGGGAAAAGGCCACUCGAUACUUUGAAGUCGGUGAAAAGUACGUUUAUUGUACUAAUGAACGAUAUGUCAUUGACCCUAAGGAGGCUGUGGACUUGGUGGAUGAGAACACAAUUGGUAUCUGUGUUAUCCUGGGAACUACCUACACUGGUGAAUAUGAAGAUGCCAAGGCUGUCAAUGACUUGUUGGUCGAGAGGGGCAUUGAUGUCCCAAUUCACAUUGAUGCUGCCAGUGGUGGUUUCGUGGCUCCAUUUGUCAACCCUAACCUUGAGUGGGACUUCAAACUGGAGAAGGUUGUUUCGAUCAAUGUUUCUGGUCACAAAUACGGUUUGGUCUACCCUGGUGUUGGCUGGGUUGUUUGGCGUUCACCCGAAUACCUCCCCAAGGAGCUCGUCUUCAACGUUAACUAUCUUGGAGCCGACCAAGCUAGUUUUACCCUGAACUUCUCCAAGGGUGCUUCUCAGGUUAUUGGUCAGUACUACCAGAUGAUCCGUCUUGGUAAGCGAGGUUACCGCUCCAUCAUGCUCAACCUCACUCGCACCGCCGACUACCUUACCGCCAAGCUCCAAGAACUUGGCUUCAUCAUGAUGAGCAAAGGCCACGGUCACGGUUUGCCUGUAGUGGCAUUCCGUCUCGACCCUGCCCGAGGAGACAUCUUCGACGAAUUCGCCAUUGCGCACCACCUCCGCGAACGUGGCUGGAUUGUACCGGCUUACACCAUGGCUCCACACUGCGAGAACUUGAAGAUGAUGCGAAUUGUUGUUCGAGAGGAUUUCAGUCUCCCACGCGCCGACCUUCUCAUCAAUGACGUCAAGCUUGCUCUUCGCACUCUUGGCGAGAUGGACAAGAGCAUGAUAGAAAGGUACCAGAAACAUGUUCAGGAGCAGAUUGUCAGCUCUCACAAGGCUCGCCAUAAUCACCCUAUGUACAAAAAGGAGAAGCACUCCUUGCAAGGUAAGUAUGGUAAGACCCAUGCUGUUUGCUAG